AUGAUAGAGGAGGAGACUCUCCCGACUUAUAGUCCUGCGAGAUACUAUCCUGUUCGUUUAGGCCAGAUAUUUCAAGACAGGUAUCAAGUUGUUGGGAAGGUUGGAUAUGGUGGCUCCUCGACUGUUUGGCUGGCUCGUGAAUUCCAAGUGUCUCGCCAUGUCGUACUCAAGAUAUGUGUUUCCUCGCGGGAGCCGAAUCGCGAGCUCGAAAUUUAUAAGCAUAUAGGGGAUUCAGAGCAUAAAGUUGAUCAUGUUGGGAAGGCCUUUCAUCGUAAACUCUACAGUUCAUUUACGGUUGAUGGGCCGUGUGGUUCGCAUGAUUGCUUGGUCCAGGAACCUUUGGGCUUGAGCUUGGAUCAAGUGCUUGACAUGAGGCACACCAAAACAUUUGAUCUAGAGUUACUUAAGCCUCCUUUGCGUCAAAUUUUGGUGGACCCAGAUUAUCUCCAUCGACUUGACACGAAGAACUUGCUGCUUGGAAUUGACGACACAUCAGUCUUUUCCGUCUUUGAAGAGGCUGAGACCGACUAUCAGCCAUGCCCUCGUAAGGUUCUAGAUGAUCGUACGAUAUACGUGAGCAGGCGAGUUCCUUUCUCGAGUCGAUUGCCAAUUAUUACCGAUUUCGGUGAAGUUAGGCUUCGGGAUGAAGCCCAUAUUGGCGAGGAUAUUAUGCCCGAUGUAUACAGGGCUCCGGAAAUAAUUCUCAGAAGUGAACGGGAUAUUUGGGUGGGUAUAUGGAGCGUUGCUAUGGUGUCUUGGGACAUUGCGAAAGGCCGCACCCUCUUCAAGGCUAGAAAUGGUGAGAAACUGUUGGAUGAUAGGCUUCAUCUUGCAGAGAUGAUUGCAAUCAUGGGUCCGCCACCGAAGGAGCUCUUAGGGCGCAGUCAAACGAGCCUCAUAUAUUGGGACGAAAAUGGGCUCGCGCCGAUUCCUGAUAUCUCCCUUGAGACCCUUGCGGAUGGUAUAAAAGGCGAAGAUGUGCCAGGUUUUCUCAGCUUCCUCCGCCGAAUUUUACGCUGGCUUCCGGAAGAACGGCCAACUGCGGGGGAGCUUAUGUUCGAUCCCUGGCUAAUGGAGGGCCUAGGGAAGUUCGGGCAGUCCAAGUAG